AUGUCGUACACUUUGAACAACAAUAUUGUGGUGUUUAUUGGAGCCGCAGUCUUUGAACACAUACUUCAGGGAAACGGAUCCACUGAUGAGCCAUCCAUUAUAAUCCAGAAGAAUCUCAAUGUCAUCAAACAGGCCGCCAUCAAAGCCUCUGAAAAUGGGGCAAAUAUUCUGGUGUUUCCCGAAUACUGUCUCAUAGAUCCCAUGACUUCACGCAAAACUGUGGCCGCAUAUACCGAAACAAUUCCCGACCCAAGACAUGGAUCGCAUAAUCCGUGCGCUAAGCCUUUGGAGUACAAGUCUAGUCCCGCGACACUCGCGUUGAGCUGUUUGGCCAAAGAGACCCACAUGUAUAUUGUGGCCGAUUAUGGCGAUCGCUAUCAAUGCAACGUCACAUCAGAUCCAAAGUGUCCCAAAGAUGGCCACUAUAUGCACGACACGGCCGUGGCUUUUGACCCGAACGGUGCGAUUGUGGCCAAGUAUCACAAAUCGCACACAUGGUUUGAGUUUGAAUACGACACUCCCCCUCCACAGGAGUUUGUAUACUUUGACACACCUUUUGGUCGAAUGGGUUUACAGAUAUGUUUUGAUAUAUGGUUCAAAAACCCCGGCAUUAAGAAUGUGGCCAAAUAUGGUGUGCAAACAAUGUUAUUCCCGACCGAUUGGUUCGAUGAGCUGCCACUACAGUCGGCCAAACAGGUCCAGGAGAGUUGGGCUGUGGCCAAUCGGGUCAACCUAUUGGCCGCUAAUCAAUUAGAUCCUCAAAUGGGUACCCUCGGAAGCGGUAUAUAUGCGGGACAAAACGGUGCGAUCGUCUACACAAACAUCACCACAAAAACGUCUAAACUCUUGAUCGCAGACAUACCGGUAGACAGUCGUAACCCCUCGGCCUCGUGUUUGAAACCCGACCAUCGGUUUAACAAAACCAUUUCAUUUGAAACUUUGAAAACAGACGGCAAAUACCAAAUGAUAGACAAAAUGUACACAAAAGGGCAUAUGUUUAACAAAUUGACUGCGAGUGAGAGCUCAUCAGUGGUUUGUGAUUCCGGUUUUUGUUGUCAUCUAAACUAUUCGCUCAAAUCGGUUGACGACCUGAAGGGACAGUCGUUUUGGUGGUUUGUGGGCAACACUACUAUCGGUCGUCCAAUCGUUUUAGUAUAUCCCGUGUGUACCGAGAUUUGCGGUGUCUUCCGGUGCGUUGACGACCGGUGCGAGUCUUUCCCGACCCAUACUUCAGAUCAAACUGUAUUCAAAUGGCUUCGACUGAGCGCUACGUUCAAUACUAACACUACGUAUCCGAGUCUCACGACUAAUGACUUGGCUUUAGUUCCCAAACAGUAUUGGGUUUACGAAAAUCGGCAACAAAUCAAUGGCUCAGAAGUGAGUCUCGAUUUAAACAAUUACGACAAACCACUGCUGGCUAUGGGUUUGUACGGCCGGUGUUUCAAUCGCGACCUGCCUUUAGAACUGUGGAUCUAUCCGUUAUUUAUAAAAGGUAUGCGCAAAAAUCGCGUCGAUAUAGAGGACAUGUCCCGGUGCUCGCGAUAUGACGCGUCCAAGUUGUUGGUAGAAAAUUUAGAAAGGAGUGUGUGGUUCGUAUGGGACAACCAAUACUACUGGGCUCAGUUGACAGACAAUCGGCUCCGGCAUAUGGUUGAGAUCAUAUCCGGUAUGCGAGUCAUCAAAAUGUAUUCCUGGGAACAGUCUUUCGCAGAUCUCGUGGCUGAGGCACGAAACUUUAUUACUUUGGUACUCACCGGAGAAGUACUGACCGCUAAGGCUGUAUUUGUAUCGAUGAUGUUGUUUAAUUACGUGAGAGUCAAUAUGACCUGGUAUUUCCCGCAAUCAAUUGCGAUGGGGGCCGAGUUAUUGGUAUCGUGUAAUAGAAUCCAGGAAAGUCCGUUUCCAACCCUUCAGAAUAUUUCAGCACAUUUAAGAGCCGGGGAUUUAUUGGCUGUGAUCGGACCGGUGGGCGCCGGAAAGAGCUCAUUACUAAUGACAGUCUUGAAUGAACUGCCGGUGCUGUCGGGGAGUAUAAAAACCGUGGGAUCGAUAAGCUAUGCCUCUCAGGAGCCCUGGAAUUUCAAUAAUAGUGUUCAAAAUAAUAUACUUUUUGGAGCCGAAUAUAACGAAUCCCGAUAUAAACGAGUGGUAGAGGUGUGCGCUUUGGAGCGAGACUUUGAGAUAUUUCCGUUCGGAGACAAGACAUUAGUCGGUGAGAGAGGGGUAUCGCUAUCGGGGGGACAGAAGGCCCGCAUCACGUUAGCCAGAGCUCUGUACCGAAACUCAGACAUCGUAUUAAUGGACGACCCGUUGAGUGCUGUCGACACUAGUGUUGCCGAACAUAUAUUUGAUAAGUAA